AUGCUCUCAUUCCCUCUCACCCACUCUCAUACGCUCUCAUUCCCUCUCACCCACUCUCAUACUCUCUCAUUCCCUCUCACCCACACUCAUACGCUCUCAUUCCCUCUCACCCACACUCAUACGGUCUCAUUCCCUCUCACCCACUCUCAUACGCUCUCAUUCCAUCUAACCCACUCUCAUACUCUCUCAUUCACUCUCACCCACUCUCAUACGCUCUCAUUCCCUCUCACCCACUCUCAUACGCUCUCAUUCCCUCUCACCCACUCUCAUACGCUCAUUCCCUCUCACCCACUCUCAUACUCUCUCAUUCCCUCUCACCCACUCUCAUACUCUCUCAUACGCUCUCAUCCACUCUCAUCCACUCUCAUACGCUCUCAACCCCUCCCAUCCACUCUCAUCCCCUCUCAUCCCCUCUCAUUCACUCUCAUUCCCACUCAUCCCCUCUCGUCCUAUUUCACACACUAUCAUUCCCUCUCAUUCACUCUCAUCUACUAUCAUACACUCAUAUUCACUCUCAUCCACUCUCAUCCCCUCUCAUCCCCUCUCAUCCACUCUCUUCCCCUCUCAUCCACUCUCGUUCCCCCUCACACACUCUCAUUCCUUCUCAUACACUCUCGUACCCUCUCCUCCACUCUCAUUCCCUCUCAUCCCCUCUCCUACACUCUAAUUCCCUCUCAUUCACUCUCAUUCUCUCUCAUCCCCUCUCAUUCACUCUCAUUCCCUCUCCUCCCCUCUCAUUCCCUCUCAUCCCCUCUCACUCACUUUCAUCCCCUCUCAUUCCAUCUCAUACACUCUCAUCCCCUCUCAUCCCCUCUCGCACACUAUCGUUCCCUCUCAUCCGCUCUCAUUCACGUUCAUCCCCUUUCAUCCCCUCUUAUCCCCUCUCAUCCCCUCUCAUUCACUCUCAUCCCGUCUCCUACACUCUCAUACACUCUCAUCCCCUCUCAUCCCCUCUCAUCCCCUCUCACACACUCUCAUCCACUCUCAUCCCCUCUCAUCCACUCUCGUUCCCCCUCACACACUCUCAUUCCCUCUCAUCCCCCCUCAUCCCCUCUCACACACUCUCACCUCGUGGCACUUGUGAUCAGCGUCAUGUCUCACCCACUGCAAGCCAGGUGA